CAAAAGGAAAGCGCGAUGUCGUUGGCGAAGAAGCACGUGUUGGAGUUUUCUCCCUACGGUGGUAAACUGUUUACAUUAAUCGAUGAACAGGGCAUAUUGCGAAUAUGGGAUACCGAGACGAAUCUGUUAAAGCAGGAGUACACUCCAAAUUUCCAUCUGACAGGCCCAUGCAAUGCACUAACGUGGGUAACUGUCGCGGCUCCCUCAAAAAAACCAUCUAUGAAAUCGCCCAAAAUACAGGCAGCUGAAGAAGAUAAGCUUUACAUAGCACUUGGCACAUUCAAGGGAACAGUGAGUCUGUAUUCUCUGGCUGAGGGCAAGAUUGAGCGCACGCUGAGAGGCGAAGGCCACGAUGGAUUAGUAAAAUCCAUUGUCUAUGACAAGGCUGGUCUUCUUUACACAGUGGGUCAAGACUGUAGAGUUCUUGUCUGGUCAUUGGCUGAAGAGCGCUGUAUAAAUAGUUGGGACGUUGGUCCCGAAAAACCGCAUAAUUUGGUGUACUUGCCGCAAAGCCGAGCAAUAGCGGUUGGAUCGCGCCAGAUAAAGAUUUAUGAUAUUGAUACAAAGGAAUUGUUGGAAACUUUUACUGGACACACAACAGAAAUCAAUACAAUGACAAGUUGUGCAACCGUAGGUGGCGAUGAAUAUGUAAUUACCACAGCAAAAAUGGAACGCGUUAUUUGCUUCUGGAAAAUUGAAAAAAAUGGACGUAACAAGUCAUCCACUUGCACCCUGCUCAUGGAGGAUUUGGCGUAUUCUGUAGCCAUUGAAGUUCGAACUGACGAACAAAUACGAAUUGCCAGCGUUACACGCAAUGGUAACAUACACAUCUACCUAUUAAAUGAAGACAGUUUAAGUGUCUCGAAAUUCAUUAAGCCGAAGGUAUCUCUACAAAUCGCCUCUGAUGGAGCGGAUAUUGUAGAACCUAUACAUGCCAUUGCUGCUCACUUUGUCCAUGAUGCCAAUCGCUCGCAUGAGAUACUCUUUGGCUAUGGAAGCCGAAGCAUAUUGCGUUUCGAACGCUUUACACCAAACUAUGCCGAAAAGUUAAACGUUAUUGUACGCACCGAUCCCAAGAAGCUUGUUACCAAAACGCAGCGUAAGAAAAAGGCAAACACCGAAACUACACUAAAGACACCGGAACCUAUUAUUCACAAGAAAUUGGUGGAAUAUAAUAGCGCCCUGCCAGUCUCAAAGAAAAAAGUACAAAACGAGGUGCCACUCGAGGCACGAUUGGAAACACUGAAAAUACCAGGGUCGGCAGGUGAAGGCGAAGUUCGGGCGGAGAGCAAAACACAACUUUUGAUGCAGGCACUGCACAGCAAUGAUCAAACUCUAUUAGCAGCAGUUCUUAAGAAUAAUAUUGUCAAGAUAAUUAAGCUGACAUUGGAACGUUUGCCUCUGGAGUAUGUGAAUCCCUUGAUCUAUGAACUAUCGCGUCUGAUGCAGGGGAAGCACAGAGACGUUGCUUGUGCCCUACGAUGGCUAAAGGUUUUAGUAUCCACACAUACUAGCGUCUUGAUGUCCGAAGAUAGGGAAGAAUUACGUGAAAAAUUGGGAGUAUGUUUGGGUGUGGCUGAACAACGUUUGCAUUGUCUGACAGAAGCGCUACAAGUCACUGGACGGGUUAAUUUAAUUAUAAACCAAAUGGGACGCAAUCUUAAUACACAUCUGAAUGACAGGAACGCUCUAAUUGUAAAUGAUGAAGUGAAUGAUACACCACCAACGGCAAUCGAUGACUCUGACAUUGAAAAGAAUUGGAGCGACUUGGAGGAACACAACAGCAAUGGGAACGAUGCUGUGUCCGACGAGGAUAUGGCUGUAGAUGAUGAUAAUAUAGCGUUAACACAAGAUUCAGAUAAUUCUGAUGAUGAUGACAAAGAUUCCGAUCAAGUAAGCAAUACAGACUCUGACGAAUCCCCUGCUUAGAAAACCUGUAAUUGAUUUAUGCAAACUAUAUAUUUGACUAAGAGUUGCUUUCCCGAAAUAAAAUAAUUUUGAUUAAAUUUCAAA